CCGCCACUUUCACCAGACGAAUCUAGCUAGUCCCGGAGAGAUGCAGGGGAGCAGCCAGUGUGCUCACCGCCCACAACCCUUAACAUGUGCUGCCCGUGGGUUACUGUUCUCAACUCCGAAAAAAAUUAAUUAUUAUUGCACUUUUUUAAUCUUUGGGAUUGGUUGCCUAAACGUGUGCUUUACUUUAUCAAAAUUCAAAUUUUAAAUGUUGAUUUUUUAAAAGCAGGAAAAGAUCCAUAAAAGGUUGUAAAAAAUGGAUCAGUUCUUCCUCUCUCCUGAAAAAAAGUGCUUUCUGGGCUUAAGAUUUUGAACUGCUUGCCACCGAAAUGCACGUAUUGUGGAUAUUACGAGUAUAUUCAUACCUUCAUAAAUCUGUGAUGAAUUUCUAACAGCUUCUUUUACUUUUACCUCUCGACUUUCUGUACAGGAAAUCGUUUUCCACCUUGCUGAAUCAGUAUGGUGACACAGUCGGGGUCGUAACCGCCAAAGGGCCUUUGUUGGUGACCAUCGACUUUGACCUGAUGCGGGCAAUCCUCGUCAAGGAUUUCAACAACUUCGUUAGUCGAGGGGAAGGUUUGGUGUCUAAAUCAGCCUUCGGGUCUUCUUUAUUUUUUUCUGCGGACGAUGCGUGGCGAAGAAAAAGACAAAUCAUGUCACCUACUUUUAGUUCGGGAAAGCUCAAGCGCAUUUCAAAGAAAGUAAUCGACUCUGCCGAAAGUCUGGCGGAUUUCCUUGAAGAAUGUGCAAAGGCUGGUCGUCUGGUUCCCUUGCGAGACACCUGCGGGGCUUACUCUUCUGAAAUUAUCGCAAAAACUGGGUUCGGCAUUCAAGCAAAAUUCAUAGGUCUAGAGCAUUCCCAAUUCACCAAAUACUGCAAAACACUCCUGAACAUUCGCCUGGGCUGGCCGCGUACUGUUGUGCAACUCGUUAAUUUGAUACCCAACAUGGGAGCUUUUUGUGCUAAAGUGCUUGGCAUUCAACUUUUUGAUUCUGUGAACAUGGACGCCAAUCGUUACUUCACCACGAUUUUAUCAGACACGAUUUUAGAACGCAGACGACAACGCAGGACUGGAGUCACCCACGGAGAUUUCUUGGACCUGAUAUUGGAGGCCAACGACGCAGCUUCUGCAGGUCGUCUGCAACAAGAAGAGGAGAAUCGGGAAGUGACGGCGUCUGAACUUGCCAGUGGUCCCGUGAGAGGCCUGAGUGACGAGGAGGUAUACGCCGAGUCCAUCCUCGUCAUUUUCGCCGGCUUUGAGACCACGGCCUCGACAUUACAGUGGGCUUUGUACGAGCUGGCUCAGAAUCCAGACAUACAGGAAAAGGCGUACCAGGAAGUGAAAAGAGUUGUGAAAGGGAAAACUCCGACCCAGGAAGAAUUGAAGCAACUGGACUACCUGGAUCAGGUGAUUAACGAGACCCUCCGUCUCUUCCCACCCGCUCCUCUCGUCGACAGAAAAGCUCGAGAAACUCGCACCUACAACGGCGUAACUAUCCCGGCAGGAUCAAAAGUUAUGUUCCCUUUUUGGCACUUAAUGAGGGACCCGCGAUAUUGGGAAACCCCGAAUACUUUCAACCCGGAGCAUUUCAGCAAAGAGGCGAGAGAAAAGCGAGAUCCUCUGGCUUUCACGCCAUUCGGGCAGGGUCCGAGAUUAUGUCUGGGCAUGCGCCUUGCUCUUCUUGAGCUAAAAAUGGCGCUUGCACAUCUGCUGCCCCGUGUGAAGGUCGUUUUGAACGAUCGCACUGAGCCACGCCAAGGGAAAGAGGUGAAGAUGACACCUCUUGGAGCCCCGACACCAGAAAAGCCGGUCCAGUUGGCGAUUGAGUUGAGAUCUGACGACGCGUGAUGCAUAUCUGCUGGAUACGAGUAUUUUUGUUCUUGUUGUAGUACAGUCAAAUUUGAAGGCAAACGGAGUCAAGGGUAGACUCAGAGCAACCGAGUUGGAGAACCUAAACAGAUGGAUGACGUGGAAAGAUCAGGAUAAUAUGGCUUUUUUUUUUAGAGUAGGCCUACAUGAUAUGUAUCUGAACAAAGGAAUUAAUGUAGAACCAUGACCAUCGAUGUCUAUCACAGAUCUGGCUCUUGAUGAUAAUGACAAUCAUAUUUAUGAUCUUCUUGUUGAACAGUUAGUUAGGAAGUUACAAGAACCAAGAAGGAAAAAA